CCGCACCGCCUCCUCUCCGCACCGCCUCCUCUGCGCUGGGACCUCGGCAGAGCGAGCAGGGACCGCGGAGGGGAGUGAGACCCGGAUCAGGGCCCGUGGAUGCGGCGCUGGACGGACUGCAGCGGACCUCGCAGCGGCGGUGAACCCAGUGUGAUGCGGCCGUGUGAUGGGAGGAUCAGCCGGGCAGGAUGGGCAACAAACAGACAACCUUCACCGAUGAGCAGCUGGAGGCCUAUCAGGACUGCACCUUCUUCACCCGGAAAGAGGUCCUGAGGUUACAUGGCAGAUAUCGAGAGCUGGCUCCACAUUUAGUGCCGCUGGAUUUCACCAACAACCCCGACAUCAAGGUUCCUCUGACCCUCAUCGUCACCAUGCCUGAACUGAAGGAGAACCCGUUCAGGGACAGGAUCGUGGAGACGUUCUCCGAGGACGGACACGGGAACCUCAGCUUCAACGACUUCGUGGACAUGUUUUCUGCUCUCUGUGAGACGUCACCCAGAGAGCUCAAGACCAUAUACGCCUUCAAGAUCUACGACUUUAACAGGGACAACUUCAUCUGUAAGGAGGACCUGAGGAAGACUCUGAACAAGCUGACCAAAGGAGAGCUCACACCGGAGGAGGUCACUCUGGUGUGUGAUAAAGCCGUCGAGGAGGCCGACCUCGACGGAGACAGCAAGCUCUCAUUCAGCGACUUCGAGAACAUGAUCUCAAAGGCUCCGGACUUCCUGAGUAACUUCCACAUACGAAUAUGAGACUCUGCUGAGAUCCUGAAAGACGACAGAUGUCUCACUUUGACCCUGUUUCCUGAUCCGACCGGUCUUCACCUUCCAGACUCCACCUGAACCUCAGACCCACCUCGACUCAGUGCCUGUCCUUUCUAUCACCGUUGGAGACCUGACACAGAGGCUGGUCUGGAUCCACAGAAGCACAGGCUUUUUCUUGCCAAUUCAGCCUCUUGCAGUUGGCGAGGACGCUCAGAGAGAAAGCUGUUAGUGCAUGAAACUUUAAUUAAUUAUAAACAGUUUGGGGCUGAUUUUAUACACGAGAGCUCUGAUGUCUCCUCUGGACUCGGUGGCUCUUCUGGACUCGUGCGGAGACGCUGCAGGAGAAACCGUACAGGGCUUUUCUGACUUCAGUGCUUUGCAGAAAGGCCGAUCAGACUCUUAAAAAGCACAGUUUUAAAGGGCCACACAGUGAAGAGCUAUGCAAUCUUUCUUCAUACAGUGCAUGUUGUAAAUGCUUCUAGUCGUGUUCUUCUAUUUUUAUGCGUGCUGUAGUGAGACGUCCUGGUGCAUAACGACAAUCAUAGUAAACUGUAGUUCAGUUGCUGGAAGGGCUCUCUGUCUGUAAACUCUCACUGGACAGAAACCUUCUGUGGAGAAAAUCCAAUAAAAGAUUUUUCUGUUG